AUGUGUCAGGACUGGAACAUGAAUAAGAUGUCCUACCAACGCCCCAACCCCAACCCUUUUGAAGGUGAGCGGUUGAGUGACUCUGAUCACGAGGGAUACAACGAUACAGGCCAUCCCAACCUUUCAAACCCCCACCUCAACCAAGACACGUCCUACAACCCCUCGUAUAACUACACACCCAACACCUCCGCCCCCUACCCUGUUCCCACAGUCAACGUCAGCGGAGUGAACCGAACCCCUUCCGGCAACCACUAUGAGGACCCCAGCGAGUACGGCUACCAUGGUAACACGUCUAACCUCUACCAGAUGGACUCGUUGACUCCCAAUCACACCAUCAAUGAUUUCCACGAGCAUGAAGGCGACAUUACUCGAGCGUCGUUUCAGAACGACGAUGACCGAGUCCCUCUGAGAGAUGAGACUGCCUACCACGGCUACCAGGGCCCUUUUGUAAGCGAAAACGAGCACCAUAAUGCCCAACAGGCCCCUCUCCCCUACCCCUACCCCCAUCAGCAGCAUCAUGAGAUUCACCAUGCCGAAUCCACCACUGCUCUUCCCCAAGGCGAGCAGAUUGGAGGCGAGUACAUUGACUUGGCCGAGGCCCAGAGGGAGUUCAUUGGAGACGUAUCUAACGGCACUCCCGAGCCGUCCUACAACACCAUUCCCGAAGACGGUACUCUCAACGAGUACCACGAUGGAGUUUACGCCGGCCAGCCUGGAUAUCCGUCCAGCGACUUUGACCCCAACUUCCCCAACUACCCUGGAAGUGACGGACGUACCACUUCUCUCCUGUCUACCGGUUCCGACGGAUGGCAGAAGAGACAACAGGUCAACCUCAAGCGGUUUCCAACUCGUAAAGUCAAGCUUGCCAAGGGUGCGGUCUUCUCCACAGAGUACCCUGUUCCCUCCGCCAUCAAAAACUCCAUUCUGCCAGAGUACAUUGAUGCUGAAACGGGACGUACCGAGUUCACUCAUAUGCGGUACACUGCCGCUACUUGUGAUCCUGACGACUUCACCCUCGAGAACGGUUAUAAGCUGAGAGCUCACACUUAUGGCCGUCAGACAGAGCUCCUCAUUGCCAUCACCUACUACAACGAAGACAAGGUGCUGACUGCCCGAACCAUGUACGGUAUCAUGCAGAAUGUGCGAGAUAUUUGCCGGCUGAAAAAGUCCGAGUUUUGGAAAUCCGGAGGCACUGAGCCGUGGCAGAAGAUUGUCGUGUCACUGGUGUUUGACGGCAUCGACCCCUGUGACAAGGAGGUGCUUGAUAUGCUCGCCACCAUUGGUCUGUACCAGGAUGGAGUCAUGAAGAAGGACAUUGACGGCAAGGAAACGGUAGCCCAUAUCUUUGAGUACACUACGCAGCUGUGUGUGACGCCCAAGCAGCAGCUCGUCAAGCCCACCAGCAACGAUCCCAUGUCGCUGCCACCCAUCCAGAUGAUCUUUUGUCUCAAACAGAAGAACUCCAAGAAAAUCAACUCGCACAGAUGGCUGUUCAACGCCUUUGGUAAGAUUCUGCAGCCCGAGAUUUUCAUUUUGCUCGAUGCAGGAACCAAACCCGGCCCCAAGUCGAUUCUCUACCUGUGGGAAUCGUUCUACAACAACAAAAAUGUCGGAGGAGCCUGUGGAGAGAUCCACGCCAUGCUGGGUAAGGGACACAGAAAGCUGCUCAACCCGCUGGUCGCCGCUCAGAACUUUGAGUACAAAAUCUCAAACAUUCUCGAUAAACCGCUCGAGUCGUCGUUUGGCUACGUUUCAGUUCUGCCCGGAGCGUUUUCAGCCUAUAGAUACUCGGCUGUGGAGGGUCGGCCUCUGGAACAGUAUUUCCAUGGAGACCAUACCCUCGGCAGUCGACUGGGAAAGAAGGGUAUUGACGGCAUGUCAAUUUUCCGAAAGAACAUGUUUUUGGCCGAAGAUCGAAUUCUUUGCUUUGAGGUGACCUUCAAGGCCGGUUGCAAGUGGCAUCUGGCCUACAUCAAGCAGUCCAAGGCCGAAACCGAUGUUCCUGAAGCCAUUGAUGAGUUUAUUGGUCAGCGAAGACGAUGGCUGAACGGUUCGUUCGCUGCCACACUUUAUUCCGUGGCCCAUUUCCCCCGAAUCUACCGGUCCAGACACAAUCCUCUGCGAAUGUUUUUCUUCCACAUUCAGGAGAUUUACAAUCUGGUCAAUCUGGUACUGUCGUGGUUUUCUUUGGCCUCUUAUUUCCUCACCACCACUGUUAUCAUGGACCUGGCUGCUAAUCCUCGAAAGUACGGAGGCGACGAAAACUCCCAUGGCUUCCCCUUUGGAGAUACAGCGUCGCCAAUCAUUUCGCUGAUUCUCAAGUACCUGUACUGUGCGUGUCUUGUGAUUUCAUUCAUUCUGGCGCUUGGAAACAGGCCCAAGGGAUCAAAGACAACGUACUACAUCAUGGUGUGUAUUUUUGGAUGCAUUCAGAUUUAUGUUCUGGUGAUUUCCUUCUGGCUGGCAGCUAAUGCGUUCAUUGAUAACAAAAUCACGAGUGCGUCUGAUUUCUUCUCCGACUUCUUUGACUCCAUUACAGGUCUCAUUGUCGUGGCUCUAGCGUCCACCUACGGUCUGUAUUUCAUCUCUGGAAUCCUCUAUCUCGAUCCCUGGCACUGCAUCCACUCCUUCCCGCAGUACAUGUUCUUCAUGCAGUCCUUUGUGAACAUUCUCAACGUGUUUGCCUUCUGCAACUGGCACGACGUUUCUUGGGGUACAAAGGGCUCGGAUAAGGCUGACGCCCUACCCUCAGUGCAGUCCAAGAAGAACAAGGAAGAUGGAGAAGACGAGGCUGUAAUUGAGGAAGCCGACAAACCGCAAAAGGAUAUCGAUAUGCAGUUCCAACAGGUAGUAAAACGAGCGCUCACUCCAUACAAGCCUCCUCCCCCUGAAAAGGGUCUUAGUCGAGACGAUGAGAACCGAAACUUCCGAACCAACCUCGUCAUUGUGUGGCUCAUUACCAACGGUGCUCUGGCAAUUGGUGUGACUUCGCAGAGUAUCCAUGCCUUUGGUAUUGAUGCUUCUCAGACCACAAAGACGGCGUACUUUUUCGGAGCGCUAUUGUGGUCUACAGCGGUGGUUGCGCUGAUCCGAUUUAUUGGAUGUUUGUACUUUGUCAUCAAGUCGACUUUCAAGCGGUUGAUUGCGAAGAGAUAG